AGCUGCUUGGUGUUCUCUCCUCCAUCGCUGUCUUCAUGGCUGUGAUCGCGUUAUUUUUUCUUUACCUCAGCAACAAGCUUUCAGUGGAGCCGCCUGAGAGUCUCGCCUGUUUUGAAGGUUAUACGAAGGAGUUAAAAGGACUGGUUUCUUCAUCACACAAUGUUAUGAGGUGAAGCAGGAGGCUCACAGCAAAGGCAGACAUGGCGUUCUUCAAAAGCUUCCAGCAGAGCCUCCCCUCCGUCUCCUCUAUCCUGGACUCCGUGUCCAACACCGUGUCCAGCACCGUGGAUGACCUGGCCAACGCCGUGAGCGAUGUCACUUACUCAGUGAGUGACCAGCUGACAGAACAGGUCAACACCAUCAUCAGCAAGGUGCAGACGGAGGAGGAGGAGAGGAUGAAAAAAGAGGAGGCUGAAUCAGGAGCUUCUUCAGGGCAGGAAGGAAAACAGAGAGACGGAAAAAACAGCAGACUGAGGAGGCAGGAGUCGGAGGCAUAUGGCUCUGAACAGACCAACCAUCAGAGCACCGAUGGAGCGGGACGGAAGGGCCAGUCUAACUCCAAGAGGAACGCCUACAUAGAUGAAGAGGAGGAGCUGAGGGAAAGGGAGAAGCAGGAGCAGGAGAGAAAGAACGAGGAGGAGGAGUGGGAGUGGUGCUACACUCCUUCUAAAGGAUGGUACCGCAAAAGAAGAGAUCCAAAUGAAAGCAAAAGCACGGCUCAGAGCUCAGACGCUCAGAAUAACACAGAAGAGGAACCGGGAGGAGAACCGAAGAUGAGCAACGAUGAAGAAAAAGAAGCGAUUUCCCAGGAGAAGAAAAAGAAGAGCAGGAACAGUGAUGAAGAAGAGAACAAUCAAGAACGUGAGGAUGGAGUUUCCAAAGAGAAUGCAAAAGCAGAAGCUGAUGAAGACUCCGAAGGACGUGAGCGAUCCAAAGCUGAGAAAACAAACAGGAACUCUGGAGAUGAAGGAGAUGAGGAGGCACAUCAGAAGAUGAAGAUCAAUGAUGAGGAUGAGUCUGGGAAAGGAAGAAAGAGCAGAGACAGGAGAGCGAACGGUAAAGACGGAAGCAGUUUAGAGAGAGGUUCCUCAGAGAGUGAAGACGAGACGCCCAAGAAGCUGAAAAGUCCAAGUGGCCAGCAGCAGAGAGCCAACGGCUGGGAGAACAGGGACAAAUACUCCGCUGAGCAUGAGGGCUACAGCAGCGAAGCAUCUGCAGAGCACGGUAGCCACACUCAGAGAGCGAGACGCUCCAGUCCACUGAACGAGCUGCAGCCGCCACCCUAUAAGGCUCAGGAUGACCUGCAGGAGGGGCAGUCUGAGGGCAGUGAGGGUAGUGAGGCAGAGGAGGACACAGAAAGCUACCUUAAUAAGGGCUACGAGGAGGACGCUCCCAGCGAGAGCACAGCCGUGCUGGGACCGGAGGAUCCCUCCAUCGCCCCCCUGCCGGAGCUGUAUGAGCCUGAGGUUUUGGGGAAGUACGGCACGCUGGAUGUUGCAUUUGAAUACGACUCGAGCACACAGCACCUGGCCGUGACCGUAACGGCAGCCACGGACAUCCCGGCCCUGAAGACCACAGGGAACAUCUCUUGGCAGGUCCACCUGGUGCUGCUGCCCACCAAGAAGCAGCGAGCGAAGACUGGUGUGCAAAAGGGACCCUGCCCGGUCUUCACCGAGACAUUCCGCUUCUCCCCAGUGGAGCGGGAGGCGCUGGAGGAGUACGCUGUGCGGUUCCGCCUCUAUAGCGUCCGCCACAGGAAGAAGGAGAAGGUUCUGGGGGAGAAAGUGUUCUACCUGACUAAACUCAACCUGCAGGGCAAAACCGCACUGCCUGUUACACUGGAGCCCGGAUCUGCAGUCCCCGGCUGCGGGUCGUUAGUGAGCGUGUCCCGCAGCGUGGGCGCUCUGUCCUACCACUCCACCGGAGAAUCGUCCACUCCAGAGCUGCUCCUCGGCCUGCUCUACAACUCCAGCACCGGCCGGCUCUCUGCUGAGGUCAUCAAGGGCAGCCACUUUAAAAACUCUGCCACUGACCAGCCGCCCAAUGGCCUGUUCUGCUGUAUAAAGCGUGUCAUUGGGGGGCAGUUGUAUAUCAUGCGAGACACGUACGUGAAGCUGAUCAUGCUGGACUCGAAGGGGAAAGAGAUGUCCAAGUGUAAGACAUCCGUUUGUCGCGGCCAGCCAAACCCCACCUACAAGGAGACCUUCAUGUUCCAGGUGGCCCUGUUCCAGCUGUCAGAGGUGACGCUGCAGGUGACGGUCUACAGCCGGCGCAGCAGCAUGAGGCGGAGGGAGCGGGUGGGUUGGGUUUCACUGGGCCUCAACAGCACCACCGAGGAACAGGAGGAGCACUGGACACAGAUGAAGGAGGCCGAGGGCCAGCAGGUGUGCCAGUGGCAUACGCUCCUGGACUCGUAAAUCGGGCAGCGGACCUAAGAAAGUGGACUGUGGAGGUGAGAGGAGUCACAUCAUUAUUGGUUUUGGUGGGAGAAGACACCAUCAGAAAACCGCUAAAGCCCCUGGGUUUGCAAGAGGAGAAGAUGCCGUUUAUCUAGGAUUUCUGUGGAAGAAGACAUAAAACUGUCAAACUGCUAAUUUCAGAUGCUGGGUUUCGAUGGGUGAAGACAAACCUAUUGGAAAACUUGGAAAACCUGGAAGCUAUCCUAGGUUUUCUGGGAGAAGACAAAAAAUGUUUGGAAAGCUGGCUGUACAUCCAGGUUUUUGGUGGAAAAUGACAAACAUGUUGGAAAACUGCUAAAUUUUAGUUGUUUAAGUUUUGGUGGAUGCUAAUCCAGUUAUCUCCUAAUCCAGGUUUUUAAUGGGAGAAAAGACCAAAAUAUUGGAAAACUGAUAAAGCUAGCUUCUCAUGUAGUUAGCUAGCAAAUGCUGAGUUAAUCAAGAGACGUUCUGACAUAGGCAGCUGUUCUGGCUAAUGUUCUUAUUGGAUUCAACCUGAACUGAGACAUUUAAGGACUGGUUUGGAGUCGAAGAUGUUCUUGGAAGAGCAGCUCAUUGUCAUGAUGACUAUGCAUCUCAACUAACCUGCCACUGAGUUUCAUAAUUUCCUGCAGAGACUGUUAGACUGUUCACAUUUUUCUCAGCUUUGAAAAGUGAAGGAACCUGAUUUUCAGGUUUGAUUCCUGAUUUGCACCGCAUGAAAUGAACUGCCAUUAUAAACAGAGCUAAUCAUCGUAUCAGUGUAGGACCAACAAGCAUGAUCUUCUGUGACUUCCUCAUUCCUCUGAAGGGGAGAUGUUCACUGUUCACUAUACCAGCACUGCGGCUGAAUGUACAGGUGAUGUAAUUGCUGUAUAAUAUAUGGGGCUAUCUACAGAAUCCAGUAUGCAACUUCAUGAGCGUAAUCAUGAAACAUCUCCAGCGUUUUCUUACUGCGCUGAAUCAGGCCAGACUAUGCAAAAGGAGGAGUGAAGUAACUCGGCCUGAGCUGCUUUGAGGAAGUGAUGAGUGGUUUGUCUUUUGCUGAAGUGGAUUUUAUUCUCUAACAACCACAAAUGUUUUCCUAAAUUAAAGUUUGGACGACACUGGU